AUGGAUCCCUUCGGUGGAAGCGGCUUUGACGACCAAUGGGACACGCCGUUUUUCUUCGACACCGACGACCUCGACAGGUCUCUCUCUCUCUCUCUCUCUCUCUCUCUCUCUCUCUCUCUCUCGCUCUAUAUAUAUAUAUAUAUAUUAAUGAGCCGGUUGGUUCUGAAGCAGCUGGGGGUUUGAGGAUGCUCUGUCCGGGUACUACGACUCGAGCUCCCCGGACGGAAUUGCGAGCUCCUCAGCGGCGAAGAAGAGCAUCGCCCAGGAGAGAGAGCGGAGGAAGAAGUUCAACGAGAAGCUGUACACUCUGCGGAGCCUGGUUCCCAGCAUCACCAAGGUGAGAGAUUGCCGCUGAUCCAAAACGGUCGCCGUAGGGAUCUCAAUUGCACCGCGGCUUGAACCCUGAUGGGCUCUGCAGAUGGACAAGGCCUCCAUCGUCAAGGACGCCAUCGACUACAUCGUGGAGCUUCAGGAGGAGGAGAGGAGGCUCCUCACCGAGAUAUCGGAGCUCGAGCAGGAGAAUAAUGGCAAGAGGAGGAACGACCCGGGGCGGUGCGACCCGGCGAAUCAGGCAGCGGGGAAGCGGCCGCGGCUGUCGCCGGGAACCCAGUCACAGAUGGGGUCUCCGAUCAACGUGAUGGAAGUGAGCUCUCUCUCUCUCUCUCUCUCUAAGAACCUGGGGUUUGAACUGGGCUUGUGCCGUCUCCGAGGAAUCAAUCGCUCAUUCGUGACUCGGUGCUUCCUCCGCCUUCAGCUCCAGGUGAGCGACGUGGGGGACGAGGCCUGCGUCGUGAGCAUCACUUGCAGCCGGAAGAGGAACACCAUGACCCGCCUAUGCCAGGCCCUCGAGCUCCUCCCCCUGGACAUACUCGCCGCCAACAUCACCUCCUUCUCCGGCAAAGUCCUCCACACAUUGCUGCUCGAGGUCACUCCUCUCUCUCUCUCUCUCUCUCUCUCUCUCCUCGCAGUCUCAUAUCGGAAAACUACAGGGGGGGACCGAAUUUUGGCGGCGCGCGGGAUGUGACGAAUAUAAUUAGUAUGCGGCGGCGAGAGACUGGAUAUAGCCGCAGCCCCUUUCCUUUAGAAGAAAAAACUCCAACUUUAUAUUGAUGGUGGUAAUUUCCUGCGGUGCAGACCCAUGGGGUUAGUGGGACCCACAUGAAGGAGACGAUAAACGCAGCGCUCACCGGGCUGUGA